UUUAAAAUACAUUAUAGGAUUCUAAAUAUUUUAAACUUAAUUUAGAUAAAAUGGCUAUAUAAUUAUAGGAAAUCAAUAUUUUCUCUGGAGAUGAAGACAACACAAACGUUGCUCUGAAAUAUUGGACAGCAAUCAUCGCUGCAGAGCAGUUAACUAUCUUGACUUUCUAAUGUUCAUUGUGAACACGAAAUUACGUCAUGUAAUAAUGAUUACGACCAGCUUCACCUCAUUGCAGUUUCAUAUGGAGUUACCCAAAUUAACACAAUUUUAAUGUCAGUAAUUUAUUUUUCGUUCUUUUUUUUUUAAAAAACCGAUACCAUUCCGGACAAACCAAUCGAACUGAAGAACGGCGGAAGAACAUUCGAAGUUUGAUUGUUUCUCCUGACGUGAUUUUACUCUUUUAUCGAUUAGUUUUGACUGCAGCAGUCUCUUGAAGAACAUGGCGGCCACUCAAACGACUAACCCGUCACAGCUGCUCCCGCUGG